UGAUAAGAUAUGCCAUACGAGAUAUCUUUCAAUACUAUAAGAGGAUUUGGCUAAAUCAUGCAGGACAUUGUAAACCUGAUCGUGUGGUAUGUGGUAGCCGUUUUGGGAGUUUCCGGAAGUGACGUAUGUAUGGACAAUGCUCCUCCAGGAGCUGUGGAUGGAUGCAGUGUUCCGCUUCUCCAUUUUGAUUACGAGGCACAAUUUACACCUUCCUGUAAUAAACACGAUGUCUGCUAUGACUGUGGACAUAGAUUUGGCUUUGAUCGGGCUGCAUGUGACAAACUUUUUUUGAACCAUAUGAUGGCUACAUGUACUGGAAAGAAACGUCUAAUCAACUGCCAGCAUUCAGCCGAGAUAUUCUACUCUGCUGUUAGAGUCGGCGCCUUCUUUCAUUAUCAUUCAACAGCCCCAGCGUAUUGUACUGAGUCCUGGAUCUCCCAAUGUUUACAAUAA